GUACUACACUGGAGCAACAAUGGUAAAGAUCUUUAUCGGUAACCUCUCUCAGAACACUGAGAAGGAUGAGAUUGAAGCUCUGUUUACUCAGUACGGCACAGUAACAGAAUGUGCCAAGUACAAAAACUAUGCUUUUGUUCACAUGGAAGACCGCAAAUCUGCCACCAAAGCAAUCCGUGAACUGCAUCUUCAUAAGCUGAAUGGCAGACCCAUCAACGUAGAGCCAAGCAGAAGCAAGAACCAGGGCCCCGUGAAGCUUCACGUGGCCAAUGUGGAGAAGGGCUUUGACAAAGAGCUCCGUGACCUGUUUUUGGAGUAUGGCAAUGUCACGGAGUGCUCCAUCGUCAAAAACUUUGCCUUUGUGCAUAUGCCUAAUUCUGACGAGGCCAUGGAUGCCUUGCAGGGCCUGGAUAAUACAGAGUUUCAAGGGAAACGCAUACACGUUCAAAUAUCAAAAAGCAGACCGAGAGGGGAACCAGAGGAGGAGGAGUAUCCACCUCCGCCUGUGAGAGGAGGCUAUUUUCCUCCUCCCUUUCCAGGGGAGAGACCCGAGCCUCCCUACAGAGGCCGCAUGUCCGCUUACCCUCCUCCUCCUCCGCCCCCGCCACCUCCCCCUCCUCCGAGACGAGCAGCGUAUCCUGAUCGUGGCUAUGGCGAUCGAGAACCUUAUGGGGUGGUCGAUUUCUAUGAGAAAUACAGAGCCCGUCCUUACCCCCCGAACUUCGAUGACAGGCGUCCCAGUGCCAUCCCCCCUCCACCCCCUCCUCCCUCUGCAUUGGUUAGGGAGCGUCUCGGAAUGGGCUCUCUUGAUCCGUAUGAGCGGCGUCCACUGCCCCCUCCUGCAGGUUACAUGGCGAGGGAUCGAAGCCCUAUCAGAAGAGCCCCCCCUCCGCCUGCUCCUGCAGCUGGUAAUGGUUACUCCUACGAGCGUUCUCGAUUGUCUCCAAUGUCAAGGGCGCCAAUGUACGCAGUUCCCCGUCCCCGGGAAGCCUACUCGGAGAGAGUGCCGCCGCCGCCACCACCACCGCCGCCGCCUCGCUAUGCAGGCUAUUAAGACACCUCGAGUGUAAUACAAGGUUUAGAAUAUGACAAGAUCGUCGUCGUCUGCUGAUGCACGUGGCGCUAUACGCACCCCUCCCCCCUCCCAUGUCUAUGGCGGAUUGCGUUGCGUUUGCUGAGACUUACUGGAAGAUACUGUAUUGCGGACAGCCCCGUAUUUUAAAAAUAUACGAUUUCUUUGUCUGCAGUUCUUCUGAGCUGAUCAUGCCUUUUUCUCCUCCUCUCUUUGUUUUCCUGUUAAAAGCUUUCAAAAUGUUUUGCAGAAUAGGUGCUUGGACUUCCAGUGUGACCAAAACUGGACACUCUGCUUUUCAAUUUUUCUAAGUGGAAAAUGUAAUCUGGGAAACUGUGACCUAUUUCUUCUUUUUAGAACAAGGGAUUCAUUUAGAUACAAAUACGUGUAGGCUUUGUAAGCAAAAAUUGUUUAUUUUAAGAUUGUUGGUUGAUUACAAAAUGCUUAUUGAUCCAAGUUUUAAAGAAAUUUCAGCAUAGUAGUUCUUAAAUACAACACCUGCUGUUGGAGGUUGUACAGCAAUCUUUAAGAUUUGCGACACAUGUUAGCAUGAAGUUUCAGUGUGGUUUUGUUCUUUUUACACUUUGUGUUCUUUUCAUGCGACAGUAGACUCCUUAGCCACCAUUUAUGUAUGAUUUUUAUUUACUUUACAGAUUGCUUUUUUUGAAAGCUUUUUAAUAAAUGAAUAAAACAAAACAAAAAAAAUUUAACUGUGAAAUUAUUCCUCGUUGCGUUGGCCUCUUAGGACGAAAACCAAUUCGUCAGAUAAGAUUUAGCUUUCUUUACUCUUGAAACACUUUCAGUUUCACUCUUCAGUCCUGAUAUUAUCAGCAUGACACAUGGUAGGUGUUUAUUUUUUUAAUCCUCAGCUCACUACUAGAAAACCUGCCAGACUGGUUUUCCAUGUAAAGUGUGAAAAACUAUAAUGCUUAUUAACCCCCUGCCCCUCUCCCCCCUUUUUGUGACACACCCGAGACUUACCACUGCCUUCUUGAACUCUUGCCAGGUUAGACUGCAAAAAGAAACCAAAAGUUGAUUUAACUUUAAAGCUCAAAUCCAGCGCAGUUAAUGAAGUACGGAAAUGUCAACUCCCAAAAGUCGCAAAAAAAUAGGCAACUUAAACUUCCGUUCCACUCUGGCUAGACAAAGAUUUUUUUUAAAGCUGUGUACACCGGCUUCUCCGUGUUUUGAAGUCACAUUUCGUCAGUCAUCUCCCAUUGCCUACCUUGGGUUUUUCAUCGAUGGCCCCAUGCUUCUGUCCAAAGUUUAUUUAUUUGUAUCAUCCUUCAUUUCAUACAUUUUAGUCAUUUUUCUACUAUUUCUAAAUUAAUAUAUGUAACACAUGAAAUGCGUGUGUGAUAUUCUUAGCCUGUGUGCUCU